AUUAGCAAGACUGAAUGUUCAAGUGCUAGUGUAAGAAAGCUUAGACAGACUUUCAGUCCCAACAAAAUGAUUUUGCUGAAAGUUAUUUAUUUAUGCAUAGCGUUAUUGAUCAGUCCAUAUUACACAAACUCUUUUCCCGAUGUUCCGAGCACGUACGUCAACCAAAAAUGCAUAGAGGAAGCUAAAAAGUUUGUUGUACCAAAAGUUCCACUGGCGUACAACAGUGCACUGUUUUGCAUGUAUCAAAACCUUCAGGUUUUGCAAGAUAUGUCGUCGCUGAGUUUGGCUUUGACGACACCCCACACAGGAAGGUCAAUUUGCAAGAUUGACGUCCACUGGUUCAAUAAUAGAACUAAGAAGGUCAAUAUGUCUAUAUCUGAUACUGAUUUGAAGGGAAACUGCACUCCGCGGAACACUACAGAUAUUGUGGAGGCUGUUGAAGACCCCAGGACCAAUCAACUUUCAAUAUUAAAAAUGCCACGAAAAAUAGGAAUGUCUAAGAUAUUUUUUAGAAAUGAAAGCGCCCGACUCCUUUUUACGGACUACAAGACAUGUUUAAUUUUAAUCACUGUGUUCUUCCACAAUGUUAAAUAUUGCGAACUUUUCGUUGCAAGUACAAAUUCCAAUAAUAUGCAUUAUACGCAAUGUCACUCAAUUUACCGGAUAUACUGCGGGUACGGACGGCCUACACGAGAUGAAUGGCCGAACCCCGCCAAAUACUCAAGUGAUUAUGCGUUCUUAGUUGAAUUGCAUAGUCUUCGGUUAUUGGUUGAACACAGAGAUCCUUUAAAAGAGAACACACUUUUCAUGAACGAAUUUCAGGUGAUCCCGGAGGUUUUGUACCGCAUUCCUGAGGCGAACGUAUACGCUUCAACAUACGAAAAAACAAAACCAAGACUAUGUGGAAUACAAGCUUACAAGAUAACACCUGAUCAGGCGGAGUUGGAGCUCAAAAUGAUAACUUCUGGCGGAAAUACAAGUAUGGAGGGAGUACGCAAAUUUCGUUCGGACGAGAAUGCAAUUUCUCCAACCCAAAUCAAUCUUCUGGAUCAAUAUGGUCUGCGACGGGUGUUACUGUCCAAUUUCAAUAACUGCUACGUAUUGAAGAAAGUUGAGAGCAACAGAAACUCGGCUCAUUUCUGUGAGUUCUUUGUUAAGAAUAAUACAAACCCAACCACUGACCUGGACGAAUGUUGGCUUAUAUUCCUCGCAUACUGUGGAUACCCGAAGGCUUUUUACAAGGAAACAAGCUGUUACUCUUGAACUAUUGCCUAAUAUCUAGACACUGAAAACCUCAACGUGAAGACACCACUCUCCAAGACGCACCAAAACGCACUUGGUAACGGUUAUGAUAUUUAAACAGCAUUGAUCUUUCUGAUUCUGACAUAGAUCUUGCAUGAAAAUAGGCUCUCUUAUGGUUUUCAGUCUUGCAAUGUUAUUUCGCAACGCUCUAAAAAAACAACGAGCUUAUAUGUAAAAAAUAAACUCAUCGUACUUAACGAUG